GCCUGCUAUGGUGUCCUCCGCUUCAUCAUGGAGAGCGGUGCCAAGGGUUGCGAGGUGGUCGUGUCCGGCAAACUCAGAGGUCAGCGUGCCAAAUCCAUGAAGUUUGUGGACGGCUUGAUGAUCCACAGUGGAGACCCGGUGAAUUACUACGUCGACACAGCCGUGCGUCACGUCCUUCUCCGGCAGGGAGUACUGGGGAUCAAAGUAAAGAUUAUGUUGCCCUGGGACCCAAGUGGAAAGAUUGGCCCCAAAAAGCCUCUCCCAGACCAUGUCAGCAUUGUGGAACCCAAAGAAGAGAUCUUGCCCACCACCCCCAUUUCAGAGCAGAAAGGUGGCAAACCAGAACAGCCAGCCAUGCCUCAGCCGGUUCCCACUGCCUGAGGGGGUUUGUAACAUCUGCAACCAGAAGCUUGACUGUCCUGAAAAACAUCUCUUAAUAAAAUCACAAAAGACAGUG